AUGCCAAUGCCAACUGAGGGCAUACUAGUGGGCGAGGCGACUUACUUCCCGAAAAGCUGGCUGCAGAAGAGAGAUGUACGAGCCGUGAGAAUGGCUGCAUGCCUUAGCCCCGAAGUCACCUGGCCGAAGCUCGAAGCGGGUGAUGUCCAAGGCGUCCGGCGUGUCCUGGUUGAUGGCGGCUCGGAAGCGCGGCCAAGCCACACUUUGACUCUCAAGCCUGGUGGCCACUUUGCGGAGACGCACCCGGUGAGGCGCAACGCCCGACUUAUCAAUAGCUAG